GUAAUUUAAACGUCACCUGUCAUUUGCGUGUAGAUCGAAAACUUUUCCAAUAAUAAAUUAUAAAAUAAAUAUUUGUGUGAUUAAUCUAAAUGUUCACAUUGAGACAAUUUCACGACAAUAUUGUAGUUACAAAAGAUGUAUAGAAGUUUUUUAGUUUCGUGUCGUUAUCAACAGCAGAGGUUUGUUUUCAAACUGUGUGUGGAAAUCAGAUAGGAGGUACCCCAUGUCACUUCACUGUUAAUAUUUUUAUUCCAUCCCUUAAUAUGAAGAGAAAUCUUCGUCCAAGCAGCAAACUAGGCAGUCAAGAAUUCACUUCAAAUCAUCUGUCUAAACAAUAUGAUGGUAAAAUAGCUGGCUUAUACGAUUUGGAAGAAACACUUGGUAGAGGUCAUUUUGCUGUUGUUAAACUUGCCAGACAUGUUUUUACUGGAGAAAAAGUAGCUGUUAAGGUUAUUGAUAAGAGUAAAUUGGACGAAGUUUCAAAGGCACAUCUUUUUCAAGAGGUUCGCUGUAUGAAACUAGUUCAGCAUCCUAAUGUAGUUCGUUUGUAUGAAGUGAUAGAUACAGCAACUAAACUGUAUUUAGUAUUGGAAUUAGGUGAUGGGGGCGAUCUUUAUGAAUAUAUUAUGCGACACGAGACUGGACUUCCUGAAAAAGUUGCCAAAGAAUAUUUUAGUCAAAUUGUGAGAGCAAUAUCGUACUGUCAUCAACUACAUGUUGUACAUAGGGACCUGAAACCUGAAAAUGUAGUAUUCUUCAAGAAACUGGGCAUUGUCAAAUUGACAGAUUUCGGUUUUAGCAAUAAGUUUUAUCCUGGUCAAAAAUUAGAAACAUCUUGUGGUAGUUUAGCUUAUUCUGCACCUGAGAUACUUUUAGGAGAUUCAUAUGAUGCACCAGCGGUUGAUGUUUGGUCGUUAGGAGUAAUCCUUUAUAUGUUAGUAUGUGGUCAUCCACCAUUCCAAGAAGCGAAUGACUCUGAAACCCUCACAAUGAUAAUGGACUGUAAAUAUGAUAUUUCUCAACAUGUUUCACAAGACUGUCGGAACCUAAUAUCUAGGAUGCUACUAAGGAAUCCUGAAAAACGAGCUACACUUUCCGAAAUCUCAAAACAUCCAUGGCUCAAGAAUAGUAAUACAUUAAAUGUCGAUUCUGUACCUUUAGUUUCUAGAGAACAACUAUCUGAAGAGGAUCAUAAUGUUAUUGUUCAAAAAAUAGUAAAUGGGAAUGUUGCUACAAAAGAAGAAAUACAGGAGUCUUUGGAUAAAAACGAAUAUAAUCAUAUAACAGCUACGUAUUUCCUACUUGCCGAAUGCAAAUUGAGAUACAAACGACAAGAUCAUUCAGCUAAAAAUAAAAGACCCGAUGAAUUAGCUGUAUUUAAAAAUACACAGGAUGCUAAAGAAGUUUCAUCAGUCAGUAUCAAGCCAACUUUAUUAAAUAUUCCCCGUACUCCAGGAGAUUUGCCCCAGAGGUCCCGCAAAUGUAGCAUAGUCCAAGAAGACGAAGAAGAGGAGGAUAUGCCUUCUUGUGCAGUACGUGAAGACUUAGCACCUACUCUCAAUCGACGUGGUUCUCGAUCAGAAGGCCGUUUAAAUUUGACGUUACAAGAACGUUUAGCCGAAUCGGAAAAAAGGAAACCUGUAGAACUGAAAUAUCCGGUCAAUGCCAAAAAGUCUUCAGCGACGUGUAAUAAAAACCUAAGAUCUGAGGAAAAGUCACAAACUGGGAUUUCAAAGCCCGUACCUCCUGUUAUAUCCAUUUUUCAUUCAGACGAAGAAAAAAAUACUCUCACUUUGGAAGAUCCACUUUCAGAAGUUGAAAUGAAUAACUCUCGUCAUACAAUCGUUACGUGCAAAACAUCGUAUGAACGAAGAAGAGCCAAAUUUCAUCAAAGUCGAACAGCUUCGUGUAGUUCUUCAGAUGCUAGUGACGACGAUAGUGAGAAACGUAAAAAACGCGCUCAGAAAUUAAGUACACCUUCUAAAUCCAUUGAAACGCGACGAGAUAGUCAUGAUGACAGUAGUGAUUCACAGGAACCUGGUACUGGACAAGGACCAAGUGGUUUCACUAAUUUGACCAAUAGUGGCGUUAGCUUCGAUUCGAGCUCUAGCAAUAAUGAUAGACAAGAACAAAACAAACAACGGGAGUCAUGUAAUGAUAAAAAUGAGAGGAAUCACACCAAUACUUUUGAGAGAAGUCAAAGAAUUUGUCGGAAAAAGGGUAGCAAAACCCGUCUUCGUGAAAGUCAGUCUCUCAAUAGGAUAACAGAAGUCCAAGAAGACAACAUGCAAAACUUAAUUGUUUCAAAUACUCCUUUGGGCAUGUCUGGCUCAUUAACACCAAAAGUAAAGAGUGUAGGUGCAAAAAUAUUACACGGCUUUAGUCGUUCUUCAAAAAAACCUCAAGAAAAAAUAAAAAACUAUGACGAGAAGUUGAGAUUGUCUAGAAGAGAUACAUUAGAUGAAAAAUUAGAAUGCAAUAAAAUAGAGAAAUGCGGGAUCAGAAAAAUCAGAAUGCUGGGAAAAUAUUUUCAUGUACAAAAGAAACUUUGUAUACCUUUAGCCAGUUUAUUCCGGAAAAACGGAUUGUAUAAGGCUCAGUCAUGUAGCUCAUUAACUAAAGACAGAAUAUUGACGAAUUCCAAUAUCUUACAAACCAGAAGUAGACCAGCAAGCUGUAUAAAAAGUGACGGCGACAUAAAUCAAAAUGAACCACUGAAACCCUUUGUUGAAUCAAACAAGAAUGUUCUUGAUAAUGUAUGUAGUGAAUUGAAGGAUAUAUGCACGGUUCAGGUGCAUCUUGGGCAAGCGUCAAAAUGUAGUUUCUGUUAAAAUACCUAUAGUCUGUUACCAAAGCUAUAUAUGGUGUUUUUUUCUGUGUGAUCCGCCUCAAUGACAUUUGCGUCCAGUGUCAAAAAGCAUAACAGAGAAAAUAUAUGCUUAGAGUGUACUAGAAAUAUUGAAACUUAGAUUUUUUCAAAAUAAUUUUCUAUGAUUAA